CUCGCCGCCCCGGGACACCCCACGUGCGCGCGCGCGCGCGGCACCCCUCGCAGGGCCGCGGGAGCCGCGUCGGUGCCGGGACGGUGCCGGGGCGCCCACCCGCCGCUGCCUUCGGAGGGCGGCGUCCCUCCCCGCGCUCGCGCGGAGUCUGCGCCUCGGCGGGCCCCGGGCCGGGCGGGACGAGCCCGGCGACAGUUCCGCGUCUGCGCGGCGGCCGAGGGGCUGGAGCGGGCCGGGAGGCCGGGCUGCGCGGGAGCCAAUGGGCGCGCUCGGGGGCCUGGAGGGCGGCGGCGGCGGGCGGCGGUGACGGGCGGCGGGCGCGCGCUGUCGGGAUGGAGGGCCAGCUCCCCGCGGCUCCCGAGCGCUCCGCGGGCCUCCCGGCGGGGGACGGCGGCGGGGACAGCCCCUCGGCCCUGCUGCCGGCCGAGGUGCUGGACCUGGACGGGGACGAGGACGACCUGGAGGUGUUCAGUAAGGAUGCCUCCCUGAUGGACAUGAACUCCCUCAGCCCCCUGAUGCCAACGUCCCCUUUAUCGAUGAUCAACCAGGUCAAGUUUGAAGAUGAGCCGGACUUGAAAGAUCUCUUCAUCACGGUCGACGAACCCGAGAGCCACGUCACCACGCUGGAAACCUUCGUCACCUACAGGGUCAUCACGAAGACGUCCCGUGGGGAAUUUGACUCCAGCGAGUUCGAAGUCAGGAGGCGCUACCAAGACUUCCUGUGGUUAAAAGGAAAACUGGAAGAGGCACACCCCACCCUGAUUAUCCCACCGUUGCCAGAGAAGUUCAUAGUGAAGGGGAUGGUGGAACGCUUCAACGAUGACUUCAUCGAGACGCGCCGGAAGGCACUGCACACAUUUCUGAACCGAAUUGCCGAUCAUCCGACUUUAACGUUCAAUGAAGACUUCAAAGUUUUUCUUACUGCACAAGCGUGGGAACUGUCUUCUCACAAGAAACAAGGGCCUGGGCUCCUCAGCAAGGUGGGGCAGACAGUCCGUGCGGUGGCCUGGUCCGUGCGAGGAGUGAAAAGCCGCCCCGAGGAGUUCAUGGACAUGAAUGACUUCAUUGAAACCUUCAGCCAGAAAAUCAACUUGAUAGACAAAAUAUCUCAGAGAAUUUACAAGGAGGAAAGGGAAUACUUGGACGAAAUGAAAGAAUAUGGCCCGAUUCAUACCCUGUGGGCGGAGUCCGAAGAAGACCUGGCGGACACCCUGAGCGGGGUCGCCAGCUGCCUGGCCCGGUGCUGCACCGCCACCGAGAGGCGCCUGUCGGGACUGCCCGAGGCCCUGCUCCCGGUGGUCCACGAGUACGUGCUUUACAGCGAGACGUUAACGGGUGUUAUGAAGAGAAGAGACCAAAUCCAAGCAGAACUGAGCUCCAAAGUAGAAGCGCUGACCUGCAAGAAGGCAGACGCGGACCUGCUCACGGAGGAGAUCGGAAAACUCGAAGAUAAGGUGGAGUGCGCCAAUAACGCGCUGAAAGCGGACUGGGAAAGGUGGAGACAAAAUAUGCGGAAUGACAUCAAGUCUGCGUUCUCAGACAUGGCCGAGCGGAACGUCCAGUAUUACGAACAGUGCCUCGCCACGUGGGAGUCCUUCCUCUCAUCGCAGAGUGACCUCUGCUCCAAAGAGCCCUGCGAAGAGGACCCUUGACCCCGCGGGAGACUUCCGUGACCUUCGGGAGGGAGCACCGCUUCGACAAAGUCAUUCUCUCCGGAUGGGCCGUGCCCUUGACGCAGUGGGCGCAAGACGCUCCACACUGUCUGGAAGACCGACCAGCUGAGCUCAGGUAUUCCAGAUCGCUGAUGUAAGUUGGGAGAUAUCUAUAUGUCUAUAUAUACAUGUAUGUAUAUGUAUAAAUCUUUGGCUUAGUUUCAAUUAUGUUCUUAAAUUUAUAUGCCAAUAAUGAAAUAUAGAAAUUUUUCUCUUGCGUA